AUGAAAACAUUUAAACAAUGUGGUGACUAUGAGAACAUUGAAUACCUGAUUCAAAUCUACAAAACUUAUGAUGAAGAAUAUCAAAUGGAUGAGAUCAAAAGUUGUUCCAAACUUAAUAUUAAUGUCUAUGGGUAUGAUUCGGAUAAAAAUGAUGAAAAACUCUGA